CUCCCAUUCCUCCAUCCUUUACCCCCUCCAUUCAAAAUUACAAUCUCCAUCCAGUAUUCCUUAUCAUCAAUCUCUCAAUCAUCACCCCUCCUGAUGAUGCCCCUCUCCGUAGGCCCCCUCGCUAGAGGUAGGUGACAUUGUGUUGGUGGUGUAGGAAAACCACCACAAACAUAAAGGGGGGGGGAGACUGAGAGCACACGGCCACCGCUCCCCGCAUUCUCCCAUCCCCUAAAAUAUGAUCAGGGGGGCUUGGAUGUAUCCAAGGGAAGAUGAGGCCGUCUUAAAGAUCUGCUGGGAACCCCGACACAGCGAUAAACCGUGCGCAGACUCCGAGAGGGCUCAGAGAUGGCGAAUGUCCCUCGCGUCUCUCUUGUUCUUUACCGUCCUGCUGUCUAAUCACCUGUGGUUGGUGUCUGCAGGGGCCAAAGCAAGGGGCAGCAUCGCCUUCAGCCUCCAGCCAGCCAACGACAGCCUGCUGCCCCCCCAGAGCUUCCCAGGAGAGGACAGGGGCUGCUGGGACAUUUUCCUAAGCAAUCUGACCAAAUCUGCUGCUCAACCUCCUCAUUGCACUGGGGUCAAGUCCACUCACCUGGACACAGCCUGCGCCAAACUGCAUUAUUUGCAAAGACACAGGGGGUCUUUUUCUCCAUCCUACCCCCAACUUUCUUCCUGGUCCUCCUCUUAUUGGUCCUACCCCCCUUCUUUUUUUUCCUCCAAGAGGAACUUUUUAAAGGCUUAUUUUCGCAACUACACCCUGUCCUUUUGUGAUACUUACACCAUCCUGGACCUGCUACUAGGGAUGUCUAACCCCGACAACCUGGACUGCAGUCUCGAGAGCCUGAUGGAGGACUUUGUGGGUGCAGCUGCAGCAUCUCCUGCCCUGAUUGAGGGUGAGAUGUGCAGCAACUGCAUUCAAGCUUACCAGAGACUGGACCAACAUGCUCAGGAAAAAUACGAGGAGUUUGACUUUGUGUUAGAGAAGUAUCUUCAAUCCGGAGAAUACUCUGUGAGAUCCUGCGUGGGUGACUGCAAGGCUGUCUACAAAGCCUGGCUUUGCUCUGAGUAUUUUAACGUGACUCAGCGGCAGUGCCGCCAUCGCAUUCCUUGCAAGCAGUACUGCCUAGAGGUUCAAACUCGCUGUCCGUUCAUGCUACCUGACAAUGACAACCUUAUCUAUGGAGGGUUACCUGGCUUCAUCUGUACAGAUACUCUAGAAAACCAUAUGUCCAACACAGAGGCAGAGUGCUGUGAUGUUCGAUGGCAUUCCUGCAAAACCCAAAGGAUCGGCAAUCACAACGCAUCAACCAAAUCUACAGACUCCCGGUUCAAAUAUUAUCUACACCACCAGCACCAUCGAGACCAUCACUUGCAUCCCUACCAUUAUCAGCACCACCAGUCUCUGCUGUCGGUCUCAGCGGGAUCCCGCCUCGGAAACACCAGACUAAGGCUAUGUGUGCUGGUGCUCAUGCUCCUCCAUACCAUGGUCUCCUUCUCAGUUUUGCAGAAUGGGGUUACACUUGAGCCCUUGCCUGGCCUGGAUGAUUCACCGCCACAAGAAGAGUGAACGUAUGGAAGUGCUUUCUAAAAAUCCAGAAGGUUGGAAUCAGUUCCUCCGAUGGGUCCACUGAUCUCUUUGACCUGGAGGCACAGAGAGGGUAACCUCAAAUGCAGUCAACCAUGGUGCAGCCUGGUGAAAAUAUAUAAGUUCUAUGGGUUAGAGGGCCUGUGAGACACAACGUUGAGAAGGGUUCUGUGUCAGUAGCCUUGAAAUGAUGCUUGUGCUAAGCAAACGCAAUAUGAGGCAGAGUGAGAUUGGGGUGGUCAAGUAUCACUGUGUUGUGUGAAUGCCUGGCAAAAUAAUAUAUGGCACCCAGUGGUUAGUUAAAUCAACACAUGGUAGAGCCUGCCAUUAACGACUGGUGAGCCUUAUUACAGGUAGCAAAGUGAUUUAGUGCUGUCAUGAAUGUAUCUUUGGUCAUUUUGUGUUUGGCCAAGUAGCCAGCAAUGUUCCCAAUGAUAACAAAAAAAGAUAGAGAAAUUAUAUGAAUUCAGUGCUGAAGUAUUUUCAAGGAAAAAAUUAAUUAUAAAAAUAAUCUUCAUAAAGAUACCCCUAAUAAGCAUUAUAACAAUUGAUUCAGUUAACAUGAUGUGUUAAAGUAAUGCUGGCAAGAAAUUGGAAGGUAGAAGAAAAGGCAAUGUCAAAUCCUAAGAAAGUGCAAAUACUGAAGACUACUACAGUGGUAAUGGUGGCAAGAGUCUUGUUAUAUGUUUGCUCCAUCACAAUAGGAAAAGGUUGUAGUGCAAAUAAGACUAGAAAAGACUAGGCAAUGAUGUCUUACCUAUGUGCGGCCACAUAGUGUAGCUUAUACUGCAAAGCUACAAUGAACACCGGUAAAUAAAAUUGAAAAUGAUUCACCCUCCACAAUGACAUUCCAAUUAUUCCUAUCCAGUAUUUGUAAUAUGUUUUGUUUUCGUGUGUUUGCUCAUGUCAUCUCUGAUUUCAGAUAUGUGUGAUCUGCUGUAUAAACAAACUACCAACCA